AGGCUCUCCACACGCUUCCAGCGAGACACUAAAGCAGAGUUUUCCUCAAGAUGUCACCUGGAGAAAACAUGCACGAUAUGAAGAUUGUGUUACAAGUUACAUUUGAUUUGUAGAGUCGCAGAAAUCCUAGCAGCGAGAUAGCUCCUGGUCUCUCUUCUUUUAUCCAGUUAAAACGCGCGUCAGCUUGAGUUUUUCAAACACCGACUACAAAAGGACUGCUGGACGCCACACUGAUCAUCUGCAAAGGCGAAGUUUGUCACCAUGAGUUCCGAAAAGAAAGUGGAAGACGAGGCAGUCUUGGACAGAGGAGCGUCCUUUGUCAAGCAUGUCUGUGACGAACAGGAAGUGGAGGGUCACCACACUGUGUACAUUGGCGUGCAUGUUCCCAAGAGCUACCACCGCAGGAGACGCCACAGACGCAAGUCUAGCCACAAGGAGAAGCGGGAACGAGCCGAACAAGGCACGGAGGGAUCCAAGUCCGACGGGGAGAACGCAGAUGAAUCCCCCCCAAGCAUCCUCAAACCCCUCAUUUCUCCGGCUGAGAGGAUCAGGUUUAUCCUAGGAGAGGAGGACGAUGGACCCCCUCCUCCUCAGCUCUUCACCGAGCUGGACGAGCUCCUGUCUGUGGACGGACAGGAAAUGGAGUGGAAGGAAACGGCCAGAUGGAUCAAGUUUGAGGAGAAAGUGGAGAAGGGCGGUGAGCGCUGGAGUAAGCCUCAUGUGGCCACGCUGUCCCUACACAGCUUGAUGGAGCUCAAAACGUGCAUCGAGAAGGGCACCAUCAUGCUGGACCUGGAGGCCUCCACGCUGCCGCAGAUUGUCGAGACGAUCAUCGACAGCCAGGUGGAGACUGGUCAGCUGAAGGCCGACCAGAAGGAGAAGGUCAUGUACACGCUGCUACGAAAGCAUCGCCACCAGACAAAGAAGUCCAACCUGCGCUCUCUUGCUGACAUUGGCAAGAGUGUUUCCAGUGCAAGUAGACUGUUCACCAACCAGGAGAAUGGUAGCCCAACCACUGCCCACAGGAACCUCACCUCCAACAGCCUGAGUGACUUCUCUGAUAAACCAGAGAAGGAUCAGCUGAAGAAUAAGUUCAUGAAAAAGUUGCCCCGUGAUGCAGAGGCGUCAAACGUGCUGGUUGGAGAGGUGGACUUCCUGGAAGCUCCCUUUGUGGCGUUUGUUCGCCUGCAGCAGGCCGUCAUGCUGGGAGCUCUGACCGAGGUCCCUGUGCCCACUAGAUUUCUUUUUAUCCUGCUGGGACCCAAAGGUAAAGCGAAGUCCUAUCAUGAGAUUGGAAGAGCCAUUGCCACCCUGAUGUCAGAUGAGGUGUUCCAUGAUAUUGCCUAUAAAGCGAAGGACAGGCAGGACCUGCUGGCAGGUAUUGAAGAGUUCCUGGACGAGGUGAUUGUGCUGCCGCCCGGAGAGUGGGACCCCGACAUCAGGAUAGAGCCCCCCAAGUCCCUGCCCUCCUCAGACAAGAGGAAGAACAUGUAUUCUGGACAAGAGGCGCCUCAGAUGAAUGGUGACACUCCCCAUGAUGCAGGACAUGGAGGGGGAGGAGGACACCAGGUUGGAGAGGAGCUUCAGCGCACGAAAAAGUUUUGUGGAGGUCUCAUCCUGGAUGUCAAGCGGAAGCUGCCGUUUUUUGCAAGUGACUUCUAUGAUGCACUCCAUAUCCAGUCUCUGUCGGCCAUAUUGUUCAUCUAUCUGGGCACAGUCACCAAUGCGAUCACAUUUGGAGGCUUGCUUGGUGAUGCAACAGAAAACAUGCAGGGAGUGUUGGAAAGUUUCCUUGGCACGGCGCUGACAGGAGCAGUGUUCUGUCUGCUCUCCGGGCAACCGCUGACCAUUCUCAGCAGCACAGGCCCGGUGCUUGUCUUUGAGAGACUUCUCUUCACCUUCAGCAAAGACAACAAGUUGGACUACCUAGAGUUCCGGCUGUGGAUCGGUCUGUGGUCUGGUGUAUUCUGUCUGGUGCUGGUCGCCACAGAUGCCAGUUUCCUGGUGCAGUACUUCACACGAUUCACAGAGGAAGGCUUCUCCUCGCUCAUCAGCUUCAUCUUCAUCUAUGACGCUUUCAAAAAGAUGUUGAAGCUGGCUCACCACAACCCGAUUAACUCCGACUAUGAUCCCAGCCUCAUCACGAUCUACGACUGCAGCUGCAUGCCUGGCAACUCGUCAGAUCUCCAUUAUCUCUCUUCAUCGUCGAACAGUACAGAUAUGCCAAUGAAUGCCACAUGGGCGUCCCUGAACAAGGAGCAGUGUCUGAAGUUCGGAGGGCAGCUGGUCGGAAACGCCUGUGGCUACGUGCCUGACAUCACCCUGAUGUCCUUCAUCCUGUUCUUUGGGACCUACGCCUGCUCCAUGGCUCUGAAGAAGUUCAAGGCCAGCCUCUUCUUCCCCACCACAGUGAGGAAGCUCAUCAGUGACUUUGCCAUCAUCCUGGCCAUUCUUCUCUUCUGCGGUGUGGACGCUCUUGUCGGUGUGAACACUCCAAAGCUCAUAGUGCCAAGUGAAUUCAAGCCCACAAGUCCAAAGAGGGGCUGGUUUAUUCCUCCGUUUGGAGGGAACCCUUGGUGGGUUUACCUAGCAGCUACAAUCCCUGCCCUGCUGGUCACUAUCCUGAUAUUUAUGGACCAGCAGAUCACUGCUGUGAUUGUCAACAGGAAGGAGCACAGACUCAAGAAAGGGGCAGGCUAUCACUUGGAUCUGUUCUGGGUGGCGAUCCUGAUCAUUGUCUGCUCAUUCAUGGGCCUGCCGUGGUACGUGGCUGCGACCGUCAUCUCCAUCGCUCACAUCGACUCUCUGAAGAUGGAGACCCAGACGUCAGCCCCCGGAGAGAUGCCCAAAUUCCUAGGUGUCAGGGAGCAAAGAGUCACCGGUAUCUUUGUUUUCCUCCUGACGGGACUCUCUGUCUUCAUGGCUCCUAUCCUCAAGUUCAUUCCCAUGCCGGUGCUGUACGGUGUGUUCCUCUACAUGGGGGUGGCCUCACUCAACGGUGUCCAGUUCAUGGACCGGCUGCAGCUGCUCCUGAUGCCAGCCAAGCACCAGCCAGACCUGGUCUACCUGCGCCACGUCCCCCAGAGACGCAUCCACCUAUUCACCUUCAUCCAAGGCCUGUGUCUGGCCCUCCUCUGGGUCCUCAAGUCCACCGUGGCUGCCAUCGUCUUCCCCAUCAUGAUCUUGGCGCUGGUUGCAGUUCGUAAAGCGAUGGACUACGUGUUCUCCCAGCACGACCUCAGCUACCUGGACGACGUCAUCCCAGAGAAAGACAAGAAGAAGAAGGAGGAUGAGAAGAAAAAGAAAAUCAAGCAGAAGGGAAGCAUAGACAGCGAAAUCGAAUUUUCUGACUACCCCUACAAUGACAAUGUACCCAGUAUAAAAAUAUCCAUGGAUAUGAUGGCGGAGCAGGAGCCCAUGUUGGGCGAUAAAUCUAUGGAUAGACUUCAAUCCCAGACUCUCCUUAACCCGCAUUCGCCGUGCUGAUCCAUACUUUGACUCUUCCACUGUGGCCGAUCUUAACGAAGGUUCAUACAAAAGAGGAAUGCCUCAGAUUCGAAUGGCCGGCAUCUCUAAGGAAAGCACUUUCUUCUGGAGGAAGGGCUCUGACUCAAAUCUGUGACUCAAUUAUCCAAAGAUGUACAUCAACAAGGCAAACACCCUCUUUUUAAAUAUUGAACCUCUUGUUGUUUUUUAUAUUCCCCUAUGCAAAUCAAAAUUGCUGGAAGUAUUGGUCUUAAAAUUGACACAGGAUACAUCAGUGCAUUCCUGCUCUGAUACAUUCUUGAGAACAACCGGGCCAUUCGUGGACAUCUGUAUGCAAGUUUUAUCACUAAGUGGCUUUUCAAAAGUUUGUGUUGAGAGGGGUGGAUUGGGGGGGGGGGGCUCAUCAGUGCUCGACUUCAUUGUAUAAUGACAUUUGAUUUAGAUAUUCAAGCCAAACUGCUUCAUGAAUGCAGGACACAAAGAGAACCGCAGGUUCAGUAGUAAGAGGAUUAGACAUCAGUAAAGAUAAAGAGAGAAAAAAAACACCCCCACAUGUGUAAAUCAUAUAAAAGGACAUCAGGGGUUUUUCUAGAACAUAUUCAUAUGUGUCAUUUAUAAUUAGUGUCCAACAUUUUUUUUUUUUUUUUUUUCCUACCUAGAUACCUUCCAAAUAAUACACUACAGAACCAGCUUUUAUGGAAGUGCUGUUUUUCUUUUUAUAUUUUAAAUCUUAACUACUGGAACCGUAAGAGUGGCGAUACUGAAUUUGGAGGCAAGAAAAGGGGAUGGACAUAAGAAAUCUCCCUUUACUCAUAGUGAACAAAAGGGCUACACAGUCAGCUGCGCACAGUCAUGAGCCUGAUCAUACAUUUUGUAAUUAUAGGCUCAUCCUUUAUUUAUCAAGCAUCCAUCUAAGGCUGUACAUUCAUAGAACACAUCCAAAAGUUCCUGUAAGACUAUUUUUGUUUCACUUUGGUAAGAAGUGACACCAUUCAGACUGGGGCUUCUGUUUGGGUCCAACCUUUCCCUUUAUUCCUCCUAUAUUUAUUAUAUUUAAACAGUUUGAACCUAUGGCUUUACUAUUUAACUUCGUCAUUUGUGCAAAUUCCAAGAUAUUCCCUCUUUUUGUCUAUCCACUCAGCUGUCUUUUCCCUGUUUUAGGGAGAUUUUAGAUUAGUGUAUACCUGUAUUUAGCUCUACCUCUUAUGAUUAUGUAGGUCCCAGGUAUAUCAACAUCUGUUUUGGAAAUUAUUUGCGAUCAAUCACUUUCUUUUGAACUGGCACUGCAUAGGAUCUCUGAGUCUUCAGAUGACUUCCUUUUUGCUCUAUGACACUUAAGAUAUUGAUUUUUAGUUUUUUUUGUUUGUCAAUAUGAAAUAAUUAUGUAUGAUUUUGCAGUGUUUUUAAAUGGGUAAUUUGACCGAAAUCUCAAUUUAAUCCCUAAAACAUUUUUGAAUUGUUCCAAUACUGAAGAAAGGGGGAGAGUGAUGACUGUAAUGAUUUACACACUCGACUGUGAACUCGCCCCUAAACGCUUAUUUCAUUUGAAUUUCCUUUUAAGAUGUGAUCAUAUUUAAAAGCUGUUUAAUGUGAUACAUUGUCAAUCGUUUUUUUUAAAGAUGUAAUGUGUUUUUUUUUCAAUGCAAAUCAACAAACAAUCACUGUGAGGUAUGCAAAGUUGUGACUUUCAGUCCUGUAAGAAAGAUUUGCUUUAUAGCGAACAAGAUAAAAAGUGUUUGUACUUUAUUUUAAAAUGGACAUUUUACUGAGACUCUUUUAAUGUAUCAGUUACAGUUUUUCUGUUAUUCAAAUAACUUGAUUAUUCUUCUGAUUGAAGUACACAUUAAACUGAUUGAGUCGAUUUAAGAUAUUAAUGCAUAUCUGAAUGUUAUACAUCUCAAUAAUUUAUAAUGCAUAUAUUCCUUGAAGAAAAUCACAAUCAGCUUCUUCAACUUCUUAUCAGAGUUCUCUGCAAAUAAGGGCUUUCACAAUAAUACACUGUCAAGAUGUGAAGCACAAGACUGUUACAGUUGCUAUAAACCAAAAACACUGUCUUCCACUUUGUUUUGUGAUCUGUAUAUCUUGACUUUUUGAAUUUUUGGUUCUGAUCCACAAUGAACUAUAUAUUUUUGAACUCUGAAACCGAUUUUAUACACACAUCGUGUCAGCUAGAAAUCCAGAGUUUACUCAGAAGGAAGCAGACGUCUGUUUUUUAUGGAGUAGUGUUUCGAAUGAGCGCAAUAAAAGUCCAAAUGAUUCUUAAA